AUGCCGCGAUUUGGUAUCAAUACCGAAGAUACCGGAGCCAAGCCAUUCGUCUGCAAAGAAUGUCGUCGACCUUUCGCCCGCCAAGACGCUCUUGCCCGCCAUGAGAAAUUGCAUGUUCGUGCUGCAGCCAAUUCUAAGCAUCCUCACGGGCAGCAUGUAAACGAGAUUCCUCAACCAGCUUCCCUCGAGGCUCUCCCGCCAUGGGAUACCACGAGAGCCCCCGUAGAUACCGCAAUAUCAGUGCCUGCACCAAGUCAGACAUGGGAUAUUUCACAACAGGGGCAACACCCUGGCUUGCAACACGCAGCGCCCGAUCUUGAUUUUACGCUGAUAUGGCCCGAUUCGGAGAGUCUGUUCCAAAGUAUCAUGUCAUCAGACACAACAGAUCAAUGGCAGAUGCCUUUGGGGGCACUACCAUUCCCACCCGUAGUUCAAGAUGUGAACUCAAUGAGCUUUGGGUCCCCAAAUUCAUUCGACGAUCGUAGCUCGUCAAUAGGCACGAUCCCUUCGGGUGGUAGUCACCAGGCUGUACGAGAUGUCACAGAAAUGGUGGCAAGCUCUUCCUCCAGUGUGACUGCGGCAAUCAAGGCAACGUCAAUCACAUCUGUGUUCCUGGAUGAAUGCUUGCACAUGUUCUUUGUGCGGUUCAUUCCAACAUUCCCCAUCUUGCAUCGGGCUACAUUCGUUUUUCGAGAAUGCACUCACCCACUUCUUCUAAACGCCAUGGCCUUGGGGUCCCUGUAUUUGGGUCCCAAAGAUUCAGUUGCGAAAGGGGAAGCGUUAUGGCGGCUGGCACAUACUGCCGUUGCUACCUCGUGGCAAUCGUUAAUUACGCAUCGCGGCCCAUAUGAUGCAUGUAAAGGCGUCCAGCUUCUUAUCACUGCCCUUCUGGGUCAGAUAUACGGUGCAUUAUCCAAGAAUAGACUUAUUCGCACCACGAGUCAAGUCUUCCGCCCGCUCGGAUUCUUCUGGGCCCGGUAUUGCGGCAUGUUAGAUAGCGAGCCUUACUCCGUGGAGAGCUUGCCAUUCCCCAGCGCAUCAAUGGAGGAGAAAGAGCGCCAAUGGCGAACAUGGGCGGCACGAGAGAUUCAACAGCGUGCCCUGCUUGCGUAUCAUAUUCUUGACGGUCUCGUUGCACAGAUGUCUGGUGACGGUACAUCGACCCGCCAUGUUGCUAAUCCCCUUGUUCUCCCUAGCAGUGAAGCUGCUUUUGAUGCCAGCAACGUGGAUGAAUGGCUGGCACUUAUACGCUCUCAGAGACCCGAUCAACCAUCCUUUCGGUUGGUCUUCCGCUCUCUUUUCCCUCCGGUUAGUAGCUUUCGGCCUCUGGAUUAUCAGCUUUCUGCCUUCUCCCUUCGAGUCAUCCUUGAAGGCCUAGAGUCCCUGGUAUCAGACUCGGACGAAAGUGACCUUGUCGCCGUGGGUGUCCCAGGGCGUUCGGAUCUGAGAAGAGCUCUGGCUCAAGUGCACGAGACCGUCUCCAUGAGCAUUCACCUUUCCGCCGAAGAACGGCUCGAAGUUCUUCUCCGUUGGCAUACUAUAUGCCUUGACACUAUGAUUAACUCGACCGUUCUUUGUAGGCAUGUCUGCUCCUGCUACGACAUUACACAACAUGUGUCCGGAGGCUCUCGAACGGUUAAGCCCGGGUUCGAUAUGACGAAGUGGGUCUGCACGCCUGAUGCACGUCGUGCUUUACUGCAUGCUAUUGCUAUUCAGGAUAUAAUCGAACAACUUCCACGAGGACGAGCUCACGUAAUUCAUAUGCCAAGCUCCCUCUUUGCCGCGGUGACAAUCUAUGUCGUGUUCUCGCUUGCCGGGGUCGCAACAAUCCACCUCCCACGGACCAUUGCUUGGCAGGACGCGCUUCUUUCACACGCCGAUUUGAACUUAGGAUGUGACGGUAGCCGGGCAUCUACUGGAUCCGAAACAAGAAGAUUUGUUGAAGAAGGCCAAACGGAUUCGCCACCUGGGCUAGGAGCCGUGAGGAACCUGCUUUAUGAGAUGAAUUCGAUGCAGAAGCUGUUCCGCUGCCUUAUAUCUCAGUGGGGCAUUGCUCACGAUAUGGAAGAGAUCGUUAACCAGUGGAUUACCCUGUGUCAUUAG